GGGGCAGAGGAGUUUCUUCUUUCCUUGGGUUCUCCCUCUUCCAAAUCUGUCUUUGAUUCUGCUCCUGGCUCCUGGGAACUAGUGUCUUUCUGAGACAAAAAAGAUGGCUGAGUUCUUCACCCAUCAUAAUUCCAAGCCUGUGAUUAGUGAUGCCCGGAGUGACUGAAUGGACCCUCCAGGGGUAGGCAAUAAAUCCCUACCCAGUUCUUGCCUGACUUUCCAGCCAAACAGGUCUCAAGUCUCAUUGUUUGGAUUAUAAGAAAAUGACCACUGCACUGAAAACUGAGGGCUGCUGGGGCCUAAAAUGUUUCACUUUUCGCUUCCUUCAUGAUUGAGGAGGUCAGUAUAUACCGCUAGCUCUAACUUAAACCCUGAGGGAUCAAAAGCUUCUAAUGCUAAAGCUGAGAGUGUGUGUGGGCGAGGCUAAAGUAGCUUUACAGUUGUUCAUAUGGAAAGUAAUACAACUAAUAAACAAUACAAGAAAACACUUUUGUGUAUUCACAAUUGCAAGCCUACUUUGGCCCCACCCUGUCUGUCUCCUGUUGCUUACUCCCAUGCUUCUGCGGAAUACUAACUUGGAGGAGGUGGGGCUGACUCUUAGUUGAGAUUGUUACUAAAUGUAAUGAGGGAGAGCAGGGGGGCAGGGGCAAAUACAGGGCCAGGAACAGAAAACAGAGCUAUUCAGUGACCUGAACAGGCAAAAGAGACUCUUUGAAAGACCAGCCUAAGAACCAGAGUCACUUCAGAAAGUACUGUUCCCGAGCUUUAUUCAGAAGACUGAGUAUCCUAACUAUGCAAUCUGUUGGCCCAGAAGUUCAGAGUGUGUGAAAUACUGCAUUGGUGGAAAGUCCAUUUUAUUGUCGCUGUUUUUUGACGGCGGAAACCAAGGUCCCAAAUAUGAGGCAGAGCCCCAGGUCUUCCUUACUGCGCGCAGGGAGAUGCCCUCCGGCAGUUCGUUGGGAACACCUGUUUGGUGCCAGCUGGACCCGGGAGGCAAAAGGUGCCGCGCUCCCGGUACCACCCCCGUCUUUCCGGGUGGCAGGACAUUGGAUCCGUCUCGGGAGCAAGUUCCCGGUAGCUCCAGGCGCUGCGUUUGCAGUGACGCUGCUGCGGCCGCUGGCCCCUUUGCUGGGCAGGCGCGGCUCGUGCGUCAGGCUAAGGGAUGCUGAAAGGGACCGGUCCGGAGGAAACAACUGGGAAGUGGUUGCUGGCAGCGUGGACAGCCCCGCAAGGCGCCGCGAGUUCCUCGGGGGAUGCCGGCGGCGCAAGGCCGCGCACCCGCAGGUCCGGCGCCGCGGGGUCGAGGGCGGGGGCAGCUACCCUGGCCGCGGAGGAGGACAUCUUCCCUGCCCCGCGCACCAAUAGCCCCCGGCCGAGGCCCACGCAGCCAAUGGCCGACUAAAGCCGAGACCCACGCAGCCAAUGGCAGCCCAGUGUGUCCCUCCGGUGCCAGCCUGCCUGCGUCCACGAAUCGGGGCUCGGGCCGCCUGGGUACCGCCCCUGGGCCCGCCCCGCCCGGCCCCCAACGCGCUCCGGCAGGGCCGCGCUAGAGGGGCGCGCUCUCGGGGCGGGAAGGGCAUUCCUGGUCCCGACCCUCCGCGCGGGGGGCUAGGAGCAGGCCGCGCCGGGCGGGAGCCCCACUUCCACCCCGGAGGCGCCCUGCCCUCUCCCCUUUGCCCCCCGGCCCAUGGUGCGAGGCUGGGAGCCGCCGCCCGGGCCGGACCGCGCUAUCUCUGACGGGCACAGAUCAGAAAGCAGCAUGCCUCCUAAUAAAGAGGCCAGCAAUCUUAACACCUCCCCUGCGGGGCUCAUCUGCCUCCCUCCGAUCUCCGAGGAGCUCCAGCUUGUGUGGACCCAAGCAGCCCAGACCAGUGAGCUGGAUGGCAAUGAACACCUGCUACAAACCUUCAGCUACUUUCCCUAUCCCAGCCUAGCAGACAUUGCCCUUCUCUGUCUACGCUAUGGGCUGCAGAUAGAAAAAGUCAAGACCUGGUUCAUGGCCCAGCGCCUCCGCUGUGGCAUCAGCUGGUCAUCUGAAGAAAUAGAAGAGACUCGAGCUCGAGUGGUAUAUCACAGGGACCAACUCCAUUUCAAAUCCCUCCUCUCUUUUACUCAUCAUGCAGGGCGGCCCCCAGAGGAGGUGCCUCCUUCUCCAAUGCCACCUCCAGAACAAGUUAGUCUUGGAAUAGUGCCCCUGACUCUCAGUGAGCCCGCCCAGAUGAAAGGAUUGAAGGUAGAGUCUGAGGAUCCCUCAGAGCCAAUGAGUCACCAGAGAGCAAAGGAGCCUCUGAUGGCACCUGGCAGUGGGGCAUUCUCCCACCAAUCAGGAUUUUGGCAGGAUAUUCAAAGCAGUGAUCUCUCUAAGGAGCAGGCAGGCAGGGGUCCUGACCAAUCACAUGGCCUAGGUACUGCUUCCUGGAACCACUCUACAGCUGUCCACCAGCCACAAGCUCGGGAUAAAGCCCCACCAAUCUCAUUACUUGCCAGUAGUUAUAAGCAGGGGUCAGCAUGUAAUGUGACUCCUCCUUCCUCUACCUCUUCCUCUUUCCAGAUACUGGCUAAUGGAAUUACAGUCACCUCUAAACCCUCCCAGCCACUGGGCUGUCUCCCACAGCCACUGUCACCCAAUGAGCAGGCUCUACCCAUACAUGUGGAGCCAGCCUGGCCCCAGAGGCUGAGGCCUAACUCAGUACUAGGCAGCAUUGGCCCUGCAGAGUACCUUUCCCCUGAUACCCAACGCCAGCGAAAGACCAAGCGCAAAACCAAAGAGCAGUUGGCUAUCCUCAAAUCGUUUUUUUUACAGUGUCAAUGGGCACGGCGUGAGGAUUACCAUAAAUUAGAACAGAUCACUGGUUUACCUCGGUCUGAGAUUAUUCAGUGGUUUGGUGACACACGCUAUGCCUUGAAGCAUGGGCAACUAAAAUGGUUUCGGGACAAUGCAGUACCUGGUGCCCCUAGUUUCCAGGAUCCAGCAAUUCCCACACCAUCGCCUUCAACCCGCUCUUUGAAUGAAUGGGCUGAGACACCACCUCUGCCAGUGCCCCCACCUCCACCGGAUAUACAGCCCUUGGAGAGGUACUGGGCAGCCCACCAACAGCUACGGGAAAGCGAUGUCCCUCAACUGAGUGAGGCGUCAAGGCUUAGCAUCCAACAGGUACUGGAUUGGUUUGAUUCUCGUUUACCUAAGCCAGCUGAGGUGGUGGUUUGUCUAGAUGAAGAGGAGGAAGAGGAGGAAGAAGAACUGCCUGAAGAUGAUGAAGAAGAGGAGGAGGAGGAGGAGGAGGAGGAGGACGAUGACAGCGAUGAUGAUGAUGAUGUGAUCAUACAGGACUGAAUGGGGGCUAUGGGAGGGGCAGUCUUACUAAAAGACGAACCAACU